AUAUUAUUUUUGUAGAAAAGUGUGAGUGUGAAUGCAAGAAAUUAUUUUUGUAGAAAGGUGUGAGUGUGAAUGCAAGAAAAUUGGAAAAGUGGGUGGUGAAAUUUUUCCUAAGCUCCAAACGUAUUCCACCCAAAGUCCCCAUCUUUUAUCCCCUUUUUGCUGCCCCAAAAGUCUUCCCCUUAUCUCAUUUUCUUGGCUGCACCAGACAGAAAGUCCAGCCUUCUUUCCCUACUCUUUUCCUUGUUCUUUGUUUCUUUCUUCUCCCCUUCUUACAUGGCAGCCCUCCCUCUCUCACCAAAACAAAAUAUCCCUCUCUAAAGAAGAAAUUAAAGGGUUAACACUAAAAUUUCAGCUUCAAAUUGUUGGGGGUGUUACCAGUAUCUAAGUCUAAGCUCCUUCGACUUUAGGCUCUCAGUUUCUCUGCUUUCAGUUAGCAGGUUUUAUUUUGGAGUAAAGGGAGCCUUAGUCGAGUUUGGAGGGAGCUGGUUUUAAUUUUAUAUGUAUAGAUCCUAAAUUAGCAAUAUGAUGUUUAGAUUUGUAGCAUUGUGUAUUUUAGGAUCUAAUGAAAGUGUAUACCUUAAAGUAUUAAGAGAUGUAUUAUGUGAAAUUCCGAAUUUGAACAAUUGGUGGAUUAUGUUAUAUUUUGAGUACAGUGUAGAUGCUCUAACUAUCAAGUGAAAAAUUAUAUCAAGAAGUAAAGAAACAAGAAUGAAAAGAAAAAGGUAAGCUUUUGUAAAAGUUUUGAAAAAGUUAAGUUGGUUCUUGUUAAUAUCAUGUUUAAGCUUGAUAUUAGCAUGCCGGUCAUGGUCACAAAUCCGGAUAUCGGGUUUAGGGCGUAACAUAAAAUCUCAGAAUGCACACUUACUUUAAUUUGAUUCAGACCAGUCCUUAUAUAGAGAAUCUUGGAGCGGUUAUUGGCUUAGUAACUUCCCCAAGAUUCGUGGAAAUCAGUGAGUCCGGAUAUAACUUCCUCAAUGGCUAUAGGAGUUACAACCGCUUGUGGAAGUUAAGUACUUAUGAGGAAUUUGUGGCGAUGAACUUGGGUUUGGUAACCGCUCCAAGAUUGUGGCUCAAAUCCUCCACACACGUGAAUCCUCCACACACAUGAAUCCUCCACACACAUGAAUAAGUCUACACCUGAGGAUUUCUCUAGUGUUAUGUGAUCGUCCCUGUGCUUUGCCCAUGGACGACUCUUUUGCUCAUAGACGGUCUAUUUGAACAUUUGGCUCAAGGCUCAUGGACGAAUCAUAUGGACAAACAUGAGAUGUAAUUUUCACUAUUCCAUCAGUUGCCCCCUCGUCCAAUGGUCGUCCAAAGACAUUAUUGGGAUUUAAUGCGCACCUUUGUGGUUCUGACCAAUUUUUUUUUCUUUUCUUUUUUUUGAAUAUGGGCCAUGUGUCACAACUUCGUUGGUUCACCUGUGGUGUCGAUUGUGUUUUCCAAAGGGACUGCCACGCGUCUUCUUCUGAAUGGUUGGCGUCACUUCGUUGACCCCAUUUCUGGGCCCUAUAAAUAGGUGCAUUCCUUCCCCUGCCCCUCACAUUUUUUACAAUUUCUUUUUUGCCAUCUCAUCCAAGAGCCUCGUUUAGCUCUCCUCCUAGUUGUUAGGUAUUUCCUCUUCCUCUUUAGGUUUUCGUCUUAAUCUUUUUUCAUUCCAGUCAUGUCUUUGUCUAGUAGUAGUUUAGAGAUGGGGAUAGACGAGUAUCAGGACGAUUCUUCUGGGAGUGAGGGUAGUUAUGAGAGUAGCGAAAGUAGUACAGCCAGUAGUAAUUCUUCAGACGAGCACUAUUCGUCUGGGGUUCCCGGUAUUCCCUUCAAGGAAUUCCAGGAGUUACAACGUAGGAUGGCUUCUGGAUCUGGGGCUAGCUCGUCCAAACAGCCACCUAGCCCUCCUCAAGACGAGGAGGAGGAGGAAGAAAAUAUUAUUUAUAGUUGUGCCCCUGAAGUAGCGUCCAUUUUAGAUGCGGCUAAGUUGAAAACCCUUGUAGAUUGAUACUAGAUCCCUAAGGAGUUUAAGCCUCGUCUACCCACGGAAGGAGAAUGGUGUUGUUCUCCUUCUUCUGGUUUAGGAGUAUACACCUCUUAUCUCUUAGUUGGCUUUAGAUUUCCUCUAAAUUCUUUUUGUAGAGGUCUUCUCCAUAGGUUGGGUAUUGAACCUAACCAGCUUAACCCCAAUGGAUGGAGGACGGUAGUUGCCAUACAAGUGUUGUGAUGUGAGGCAUUGGAAGGGGACCGUCCUAUCACAAUGGACAAUUUCCUUUACUGUUAUAAGCCUUCAGAGAUAAAGAAGUCUGCUGGUUUUUACCAGUUCUUGUCUAGGGCCUCUUACUAUAGUUUAAUAAAGGGUCACAGCUUGUCUGACAGGCUCUGGAAAAGAUACUUUUUUAUUAUUUCUGGAAAUUUGGCUAGGGACCCAGUUAACGUGGGUAAUGCCCCCUUCCCACCUUUUACCAGCCCUCUAGGUCGCCUUCGUCCUGUGGCUGUUGUUCGUCCACGCUUGGACAAACUUUACUUGGAUCGAAUUGAACAAGUUCGUGCCUUUCCCGGGAGAACUUUUCACGAUCUAGUGACUCUUAGUCAUCUAGUUGCGUGGGGACUUGGCCCAGUACCUACUGUUGAGAAUCUUGGUCACGAGGAAACCACUCGUCGAAGUAAGUAUCAUUGUAGGAAUAACUACAAUGAGGGAGAAUAAGGAAAAAACCAUAACCAAUGGGGACGAGGAUGCCACUGCACCGCUAGUCGUCCAGAAAACUUCCAUCCAGAUAGGAAAGAGGAAAUCUAAGUCUAUAUCCAGUGUUGUGGAUCUAGAUGACCUCCCAAGUCGUCGAGGCCUUAAGAAGCAAAAACCUGGCAAGGCUUCUCUUCCCAAGGUUUCCAAGUUUACACCCCCAACAGUAGACUUGGGCGACCCUCCUGUUGAUGCGGAGCCCGUCCAAACAGUUCAUCCCAUCCAGACUGAUCCUACUCCCCCUCCAACCAAGACUCCUCGCAAGCCUCAUCUGUCAGAGCCAUCUGAGCAUCCUUUUAACCUGGUGUUGGACGAGAGCUAUGCAUGGAGGACGUUCAAAGGAAUAAUCACUGAUAAUGAAGUCAAUGAAUGCUACAAUAUGUCAGUGAAAGAGUUUGAACGCUCUGGUAUCCAUGACCUCUUCAAGGCUAUGUCAAAGUUUUAUACAGUGACGUGCCAAGCUAAGGAACUCUGUGCAGAGGCUAAGACGACUAAGGAAAAGGCUAAAGAGCUGAAUAAUGAAAUUCUAUUAAAAAAGGGGGAGGUGAUUAGAUUGACUGAUGAUUUCAACUAUCUACAAGGAAGUGAGACGAAGCUGAAGAACGAGGUGGAGGAGCUCAAAAAGGAUGCCAUCGAGAAAGAGACUCGCAUUGCUCACUUGGAGGGACAAGUUUCUGGGUUUGCCUCGUCCUUGGAGAAAGCACGUCAGGAAGCCAUAUCUGCCUUCAAGAAGUCUGACGAGUACAAGAAUCGUCUAGACAGUCACUUUGCUGCUGGCUAUGAGGACUUCCGUGUUGAUGCUAAGGAAGCAUUUCCUAACUUGAACUUUGACUCUUUCAAGCUUCCUCUUACUACAGAAAGCUCCUUGCUGCAGACGAGUUCUGAGGAUGUCAACGUAGUGGACGACGCUAGCAACGAAGUUAUUCAGGACGACCCCAAGUCUAGAGGCAAUGCCCCUGAUAGUUUACCCAAAUGAGGUUAUUUAUUAGUUUAAUUUUAUUAAAGGUGUCAGUUGUUUUGGGCUUUGCUCCUCUUCUUUUCUUUUUUUUCUUUUUUUUUCCAAGUACAAUUGUCUCGUCCAAGUUUAUGGACGAGCUUUACAUACAAUUAGUUCUAUCGUCUUUCACAUAACUUUGGGUUUUUGGACGUUAGUUGUCUACCCUUCUUUGAACUCUAUGAAUGAAUGAAUGAAUAAUUUUCAUAUUCA